AACCAAGCCCAAAGACCUGGAAAGCCAGGCCCAGGGAACAAAAAUCCUAGCUCGUCGGCACAACAGAAUAGACGGCCCUCUGCACGUGGGGUGUUUCCAGCGAGAAACGUCUUCUUCGACCCCAAGGCUUUAAAAUCGAAGGAUAGUAAAGAGAUAGUCCACACACUUAACGAGGGACUGCCUCGUUUAAAGUUCCUUCUUCGAUCACAGGACCAGCAGCACAACAACGACGAAUUCAUCUGUGAUCUUACUUCUACUUUAGGGAAGGCCUGUAACGUUCCACCAGGUGAAAAUAUCAACAAGAUUCUAGCCACACUUAAAGGCUCGGCGUUCUUCAAUUCAAAAAUUCCCAGUUUACUUGAUCGCCUUGAAGAGUCAACGGCCUUAAAUGACCAGGUAUCUCGACAAAGGUUCAUUGAGCAUCUCACCGAAAUCUUUAUGAAGUACCUGACACAUUUGCCAAGUUCAUAUGCUGACCUACCUUACACUCAGUUGAAAGCAGCCUUAGAUCAGUCAAGUGUUCAAAACAAAGAAGAGCUGCAGACAAGGUUAGAUGAAUUUAAGCAGGCCAGAAAUGACGUCAUCAGAGGAGAAAGACAGAGGCAUGGGAAACGCUUUGUUAACAGGGCAGGCGAAAAGCCACCAAACGAUUUUAGAGACAUGCCAAUUUGUCCCGAGACCAAAGAAAUCACAACCCAAGAAAGACCAUUCUUACGUAAGAACAUUUCAAAGGGAAGGUACGACAGCGCCGAACACUACCUUGAUGUUCAGUUUCGGCUGCUUCGAGAAGACUUUCUUGAGCCUUUAAGGGAAGGUAUUCGUGAAAUUGUCCUCAAUAUACCGAGACAUCAACGCAAACAAUUGAUGAAAAACUACCGCAGCGUAGAAAUUGUCGACAAGGAGUUCACGUGGUCGGGGAUCACUCAUCAACUCCAAAUCGACGUUUCUGGCUUAGAUACCAGCAGGUGGGCACAUUCCAAAAGACUCUUAUACGGUUCCUUUCUCUGUCUCUCAAAAGACAACUUUAAGACGAUGCUUUUCGCGACGGUUUGUAAUCGCGAUCCAUGGAAUGUGAAGAAAGGACAAAUCGACGUCCGAUUUAUCGAAAAUCAGGACAUUUUCGGGAUCGAGAGCUGCAACAGCGUUUACCAAAUGGUGGAGUCUCCCGCCUAUUUCGAAGCCUAUCGGUACGUUCUCAAGGGAUUACAGGAAUUAGACGAAGAAACCUUACCAUUUCAAAAGUAUCUGGUCGAGUGCAGUGGAGAGGUUGACCCACCAGAAUAUCUACGGCGCGAUGAGAGUGAGGAGCCGGUAUAUUAUGACCUUGACGAGGCCCUUGAUGUGCUGGAUAGACCGAACACCGCAGCAGCUGUACCUGUUCUAAAGGCUGAAGCAUGGCCCUCCGCUGAAGCACUUCCUCUCAAUAGAUCCCAACUUGAAGCGUUAAAAACAGCGAUUACAACAGAAUUUUCUGUUAUCCAGGGUCCACCAGGGACAGGAAAAACUUACGUUGGUGCCAAAAUUGUUCGUUGCUUGCUCGACAACCGAAGUGCUUGGGAUCCUCGACAGACCUCACCGAUGCUGAUGGUUUGUUACACAAACCACGCGCUCGAUCAGUUCUUGGAAAAGGUGCUAGAAUUUUUAUCUAGCCGAAAGAUAAUCCGCGUCGGAGGAAGGUGCAAGAGCGAUAAACUUGAGAACUGCAACCUGAAAAAGUUUACUUACAGAUACAGGCUGCACGGUAAACGCGAAGAAGUGAACGAGAAGUUGCGGCAAAAUAACAUAGAAAUGGAAAUGUCGAAGCAACAACUUGCAAAGGCAAACCACCAACUUUUAGAGUUCGAAGACGUGGAGCAAUUAAUCUAUCCAGCACAUUUACAGCAGCUGUGUAAUGCUAAAUUCCCAUCCAAGGUAGCAAACGAGAGUCGCACUCCAAGCAACACUUUCAAGUUGUGGCUAUGCAAAAACAAAGAGAUGGAUUGCAAUCAAACGGCAAAGGCGCCAACCCUUGAAAAACCUGUUGAAAAUGAAGGAAACGAAUUGUCUUAUGACGCAACAAUGUUCACAGAACCACAAGAUGAGAGUGAAAGACCCCUUGGAGAACCUUUAGCAGCAGUUGAUGUAUCAAAGGACGUAGCUAAAUCCGAUCUUCGGCUGACGAUGAGCAUGUCGGAACCUUUAGCGGCAAUUAAUGCAUCAAAUGACGUAGCUAAAACCGAUCUUCGGCAGAAGAUGAGCAUGUCGGAACCUUUAGCGGCGGUUAAUGCAUCAAAUGACGUAGCUAAAACCGAUCUUCCUCAGAAGCUGAGCAUGUCGGAACCUUUAGCGGCGGUUAAUGCAUCAAAUGACGUAGCUAAACCCGAUCUUCCUCAGAAGAUGAGCAUGUCGGAACCUUUAGCAGCGGUUUAUGUAUCAAAUGAUGUAGCUACACCCGAUCUUCAUCAGGAGAUGAGCAUCUCAGAGGAGACAAAGUUAAACAAAAAUUCAUUUGAGCGUGGAUUACCAAGUGAAUUGUCCGAUGAACAAAGAUGUACUGUCCUAGAGGGCAUUCCUAAUGAUGCCAAUGCUGGUGAAAACAGAGAGACGGAUGAAGAGACUAUUGCAAUAGAGAGGGAAGCGGACUUGAUACAGCAACAAAGAUGGAUAGAGGGUGAUGAAGACCUGCUGCUACCUAUAUCAAAAGAAACAGGUGACUUAAUAACUGAAGAACUAAAUAAACGAGGGACAAAUGAGGAAGAUGACAGUGGCGAAUGGACACUUGUCACGCAUAAGAAAAAAGGCCAGUCACAUUUCUGGAUGCCAAAUGACGAAGACAAUUCUAAAGAGGACGACAAAUUGAAUGAUGAGGUAACGGGAGGAACGAUGUCUGCAAAGAAAAAGAAGAAAAGAAAGAAGAAAAACAAAAAAAAAGUCCAAAUCACCGAGGACAUUUACUCUAUACAAGAAGACCUAAACAACAUAAAAAUGAUGUCUACCGAGGAAGUGAUUGGCAUACAAAACAUCUGGAAUAUUUCACAAUCAGAUCGACUUCGACUAUACCUCUUCUGGAUUGAAAACUACCGUGAACACUACAGGGUAGAAAUUCACCACGCCGAACGGGUAUAUGAACAGCUUUGCGAAGAAUUGAAGGAAGUCCAAUUUGAGGAAGAGGAACAAGUCAUCCGUCAGGCGACCGUUGUCGGAAUGACAACCAGUGGGGCGGCGAGAUAUCACUCAGUUCUUCAAAGGAUAGCUCCCAAAAUCGUCGUUAUCGAAGAAGCUGCCGAGGUGAUGGAAGCCCAUAUUAUCACAUCUCUUUCGCACAACACCAAACACACAAUUCUCAUCGGAGAUCACAAACAACUCCGCCCCAAGGCGACUGUUUACGAACUGGCCCAAAAGUACAACCUGGAGGUCUCACUCUUUGAGCGAAUGGUGUUGAACAGUUUGGAUUGCAAACGCUUAUCUAUACAGCAUCGCAUGCGUCCUGAGAUUGCAACACUUACAAAAAGGAUCUAUGAUCAUGAAAUUGUAGAUCACGAUUCCGUUUGCGAUUUUCCAGCAAUAUCUGGCCUUUGCCACAAUCUCUUCUUCAUUGAUCACUGCCAACCCGAGAAACUAAUAGGAGGUUUACAGAGUUACUCUAACAAUCACGAGGCUGAGUUCUUAGUGGCCCUUUGCGAAUACCUUCUACGUCAAGGAUACGAACGAAAGCAGAUCACAAUUCUAACCAUGUAUACAGGUCAGUUGCUGCUUCUUCAAGAGAAAAUGCCACGACGAGCUUUCGAAGGAGUUAAAGUUUGUGCAGUUGACAACUUUCAAGGUGAAGAAAACGACAUUAUUCUUUUGUCGUUAGUAAGAAGCAACUCAGAGGGUCGCAUCGGCUUUUUAGGCGAGUCCAACAGAAUCUGUGUCGCGUUGUCACGUGCCCGCCAAGGCUUUUACUGCAUUGGAAACUUCAAUCUACUGAAAAGUCAUUGCAAGCUGUGGAAAGAGAUUUGUGGUGACUUAAAGGAAAAAGAAGCCAUUGGUGACAAUCUACAGCUUAUUUGCAAGAGACACAAAAAUGUAACGAAUGUAAGGUGGGCAAGAGAGUUUAAACAGUGCGAACUUGGAGGAUGUACAAUGCCAUGUGGAGACCGCUUAGAAUGUGGCCAUGCGUGCGACAAGCUAUGUCACGUCUCGGACGUUUACCACGCAUUGGGUCGUUGCGUAAAAAUGUGCUUCAAUUCGUGUUCCAGUGGUCACAAAUGUCAUAACAAGUGUCAUUACCCAAGAGAGUGUCCCAAGUGCUCCGUUCUUGUGCGAAAGACACCUGCCUGUGGUCACGAACAAUCCUUAAGGUGCAGCAUUGACCCAGAUGACGUCUCGUCUGGAUUCAAAUGCGAGAGGAAGGUCAUAAAAAUUCUCCCGUGCGGACACAACAAUCUUAUGAAAUGUUACAAAGAUCCCAUCAUUUACAGCGACUGCUCCAGCAGCUGCACGAAAGUUUUGGACUGCGGCCACACUUGCUCUGAGAGAUGUACGCAGAAAUGCAAGUGUGACACCAAGAUAGAAAUUGAAUUGCCAUGUAACCACAGGAAACAAGUGUUGUGCCGAGAAAAAAACAAUCCAAUCGAUUGUAACGAAAAGUGCGAGCGAGCUUUGAAUUGUGGGCACGCAUGCCCUGGAAUCUGCCGCGAAGAAUGUGCAACCAAGCUAUGCGAGAUCGAAGUUUUGAAAGACCUUCCAUGUGGCCACCAAAAAAUUGUUCGUUGCUUUCAAGAACCUCAAAAAGUUUUUUGUUCUUCUGUAUGUGAACGACUUUUGAAUUGUGGUCAUAAGUGUCCUUCUCUGUGUGGCCGAUUGUGUCAGGAAAUUCGGUGUAGAGAGUUGUGUCAAAAGAGCUGCGAAAGAGACCACCCCUGUCAAAAGCAAUGCCACUAUGGUUCAUCGUGCGAUAAGUGCACGGUGCUAGUAAAUGCAACGAUCCCCGCAUGUGGUCACAUGGUUAAGGUUCCUUGUUUCAUUAACCCAGCUACACUGAUAUGCAAACAGCCAUGUGAAAGAUUGAGAAGCUGUGGACAUCCCUGUAAAGAAAUAUGUGGCAAAGACUGCGAAACUCUACCAUGUCAGAUACCUGUAACCAGAGAAUUAUCAUGCAAACAUGUUGUGGAUCUUGCUUGUCACAAAAGAACUGAAACGUUCAUUUGCAAAACUAAAAUUGGGGCACUUUUGCCAUGCGGACAUAAAACCUCGUUGGAAUGUUAUGUUGCAAAAGGGGGGUUAGACAAUGUUUUAUGCAUGGAAAAGAUUGAAAAAGAGUUGCGUUGCGGCCAUAAAACCACCCUUCCAUGCUACACAAACGCCGCGCUAUGUUACUGCCAAAAAAAGGUGGAAAUCACACUUUCUUGCGGACACAAGAAGCUUACAACAUGUUCUGGGAAGGAAGAAGAAUUUCAGAAUGGAAGAUGUUACACAAAGGUGAGGAGACGACUACUUUGUGGUCAUGAAAAGGUGAUGCAUUGUUCAGAUAAAGCAGACAGAGUAUUCUGCGAUGAACCUUGUGAACGUGUUCUCCCAUGCAAACACCCAUGCGGAAAAAGAUGUGGUGAUGACUGUACAAUCUUCAGAUGUGCUGUCGGGGUUAAAAAGGCUUUGAGUUGUGGACACCAUGAUAUCAGUUGUCUUUGUUCAGAGGACGUUUCCCAACGUGUUUGUUCAAAUCCGUGCAAGCGAAGUUUGUCUUGUGGCCACCAAUGUCCUGGAAAAUGCUUUGAGAGAUGCAGUGAGUACAAGUGCCAAAUGUUGGUUACAAAGAAAUUACCCUGUGCAGGAAACCACUCUCUAAAAAUGUUUUGUAAAGACAACCCUAACAGCGUAGCGUGUCCUGCGCGAUGUGAUCGAAAACUGGAUUGUGGUCAUCCAUGCCCUGGACUAUGUAGUCAAGCUUGUGGAACUAUGAAGUGCAGACGUAAGGUGGUGAAGGAAUAUCGUUGUGGGCAUAAACAACAAAUUCCUUGCUUUGAAAGCAAAACUGCUAUCUGCAAAGCACCUUGUCAACGUCGAGAAGGAUGCACACACAGGUGUAAGGGGUUCUGCGGGGAGCCCUGUUCAAAUUACCCCUGCCAAGUUCCUUUGGUUAAGACCUUGCCUUGUGGUCACAGGGUUAACAUGCCUUGUAGCUUCCGUGUUGAUGAAGUACAAUGCCCUGUUUCUUGUCAAGCUAAGCUGUCGUGCGGUCACGAAUGCUCUGGAACUUGUGGCGAGUGCAAGCAAAGGGGAUCACAUGAAAUAUGCCAACAUCCAUGUAACCGGGUUCUCGUUUGUUCACACCGUUGUCAGGAGACGUGCGGCAAGCCAUGCCCACCUUGCGCUAGACAAUGCAGUCGACGUUGCCCUCACACAAAAUACUCUCAACAAUGUUCACAACCGUGCAGACCAUGCAUAAAACCAUGUAACUGGAAUUGCCCACAUUACCAGUGCAACAAUCCAUGCGGAGAGGAAUGCGACCGUCCUCGAUGUGACGCGCCCUGCCCCAAGAAGCUCCCUUGUCGCCACCCUUGCAUUGGUCUGUGUGGAGAAAACUGUCCCACUAUGUGUGCCAUUUGCCACUCUAAAAAGCUCUCGUCCAUGAUUGGCCAAGCAAAUUUGAAAGUAACAGAAGGUACAAGAUAUAUGCAGCUUUUUGACUGUGGUCACAUUGUAAAGGUUCAAGAGAUGGACGAAUGGAUGCUGCGUGAUAUGGGAGAUAAUGUCAAUCAAAUUCAGUGUCCUAGAUGCUCUAUACCGAUUACCUUCAGUUAUAGGUAUGGAAAUAUCGUGAAGAGGAUCCUGAGAAACAUGGAAAAUGUUAAGAAUCGAGUAAAUGAAAUUGGAAAUGAAACCACCAGAUUUACCAGAGAGCUUCUGAUUACAUUGCGUCAUACCCCAAAAGAAAUUCUGACUAUAGCUAACAAACUGUCAAGACGCCCCAGCUCAAAGGCGUUGGAUAAAGUACAAAUGCGCCAUAUUCCCUUUGUUUUUGCUCUGAGAAAUAGCCUUCUCAUCUUCCAUCAAAUUGAGAAAGCGUAUCUCAUUUUGCAAGCUGUUGAAAAAUGUCAGGUAACGAAUCAUUCAAGAACCAUCAAAGAUGCUCUAGAAAAGAUCUCAGAUUACCUCUCGACCCCUCAGUUUGAUUUAGGAACUGUGAGACAAUUGAAUGAACAUACAAGAACGUUAACCCUUUUCGCUUCGAUUAUAGAAGCUCAAUGCCAAGCCAUCAAUUGCCGCGGAUCUUUUUCAAGUAUUGGGGUAUCACGUUUAAAAGUGGCUGAAGAAAGGUUCGAUUUAUUUAUGAAAGGUAACAGUAAAGUCCUACAAAACGAAUGGCUGGAAAAAAUUGCAGCUUCUUUGAGGAACGAGGUCGGCCUUCUACCCCUUCCACCUGAGGAACCCAAGACUGAAUUCAAGAACUUCCCAGGCUAUAACACCAGUGUGUGGAAAUUGUGCAGGCUACAUGGUCAAGUGUAUCUCACCACAUCAUUUAUGUGCGAAGGAGAGGAUGUGAGCGAGAUAAAUGGUUGCAGACAAUGCGAUGGCACAGAUGACACUGACGAAGAUACUGGAUAG